AUGCGGCCGGCACUGGUGCGGAUGCAGCCGGUGCUGCUCAGGAUGCAGCCAGAACUGGUUGGGAUACAGUCGGCACUGGUUGGGAUGCCCUUGGCUCUGGUGGGGAUGCAGCCAGUGCUGCUUGGGAUGCAGUUGGCACUGCCAGCCCGGGCAGGGAUGCAGCCGGCACUGGUAGGGAUGCAGCUGGCACUGGUAGGGAUGCAGCUGGCAGUGGCUGGGAUGCAGCUGGCAGUGGCUGGGAUGCAGCUGGCACUGGUAGGGAUGCAGCUGGCA